AUGACAAACGAACAGCAACGAUUGCCGACCCGGGAGCGUCGACCCUCGACCUCGGCUCCCGUCGUGGACAUCCAGGGCUCCGUCGGUCCCGCCGGCAUCUCUCGACCGAAGCAUAAGCGGACCUUCACCGGCUUCGGCGCCGGCGAGAUCAAGAGCGUCGAAGCCUCGAUCCCCGAACCGCAGCGGGAGGCGUGGAAGCGAAACCAGGUCCAGAGCUUCGGCGACAAGGAUGGCUUCGAGAGGGAGAUGGUCCGCCACGUCGAGACGACGCUCGCGCGCAGCAUGUUCAACUGCGACGAGUCGGCCGCCUACUCGGCCACGAGCCUCGCCUUCCGCGAUCGCCUCAUCACCGACUGGAACAAGACGCAGCAGCGGCAGACCUUCAACGACACGAAACGCGUCUACUACCUGAGCCUCGAGUUUCUCAUGGGCCGAGCGCUCGACAACGCCAUGCUCAACGUCGGCCUCAAGGACACGGCCAAGGCCGGCCUCGCCGACCUCGGCUUCCGAAUCGAGGACAUCAUCUCGCAGGAGCACGACGCGGCUCUCGGCAACGGCGGCCUCGGCCGCCUCGCCGCCUGCUUCCUCGACAGCCUGGCCUCGCUCAACUACCCCGCCUGGGGCUACGGUCUCCGCUACCGGUACGGCAUCUUCAAGCAGGAGAUCAUCGACGGCUACCAGGUCGAGGUGCCCGACUACUGGCUCGACUUUAACCCCUGGGAGUUUCCCCGCCACGACGUGACGGUCGACAUUCAAUUCUUCGGCCACGUCAACAAGGUGACCAACGACGCCGGCAAGUCCGUCUGCAUCUGGGAGGGCGGCGAGAUCGUCCAGGCCGUCGCCUACGACGUGCCCAUCCCCGGCUACGACACGCCGACGACCAACAACCUCCGGCUGUGGUCCAGCAAGGCGUCGGGCGGCGAGUUUGACUUUCAAAAGUUCAACAGCGGCGACUACGAGAGCUCCGUCGCCGACCAGCAGCGCGCCGAGACCAUCAGCGCCGUCCUGUACCCCAACGACAACCUCGAGCGCGGCAAGGAGCUCCGGCUGAAGCAGCAGUACUUUUGGGUCGCCGCCUCGCUCUACGACAUCGUCCGCCGCUUCAAGAAGUCGAAGCGUCCCUGGACCGAGUUCCCCGACCAGGUGGCCAUCCAGCUCAACGACACGCACCCGACGCUCGCCAUCGUCGAGCUGCAGCGCAUCCUCAUCGACAUCGAGGGGCUCGAGUGGGAUCUCGCCUGGGACAUUGUCAGGGAAACCUUUGGCUACACCAACCACACCGUGCUCCCCGAGGCGCUCGAGAAGUGGCCCGUGAGCCUCGUCCAGCACCUCCUGCCGAGGCACCUCCAGAUCAUCUACGACAUCAACCUCUACUUCCUCCAGCAGGUCGAAAAGGCCUUCCCCGACGACGGCGACAUGCUCCGGCGCGUCUCCAUCAUCGAGGAGUCGCAGCCCAAGAUGGUCCGCAUGGCCUUUCUCGCCAUCGUCGGCUCCCACAAGGUCAACGGCGUGGCCGAGCUGCACUCGGACCUCAUCAAGACGACCAUCUUCAAGGACUUUGUCCAGAUCUACGGGCCCGACAAGUUCACCAACGUCACCAACGGCAUCACCCCCCGCCGCUGGCUGCACCAGGCCAACCCGCGCCUGUCGGAGCUCAUCGCCUCCAAGGUCGGCGGCAACGACUUCCUCAAGGACCUGACGCUGCUCAACCGGCUCGAGAAGCACGUCAAGGACGCCAAGUUCCGGCGCGAGUGGGCCGAGAUCAAGUACGCCAACAAGGUGCGCCUCGCCAAGCACAUCAAGACGACGACGGGCAUCACCGUCAACCCGGCCGCCCUCUUCGACGUCCAGGUCAAGCGGAUCCACGAGUACAAGCGGCAGCAGCUCAACAUCUUUGGCGUCAUCCACCGCUACCUGUCCAUCAAGGCCAUGAGCCCGCCCGAGCGCAAGAAGCAGCUGCCCCGCGUCGUCGUCUUCGGCGGCAAGGCGGCGCCGGGCUACUGGAUGGCGAAGCAGAUCAUCCACCUCAUCAACGCCGUCGGCGCCGUCGUCAACGAGGACGAGGACGUCGGCGACCUCCUCAAGGUCAUCUUCCUCGAGGACUACAACGUGAGCAAGGCCGAGAUCAUCUGCCCCGCCUCCGACAUCAGCCAGCACAUCUCGACGGCCGGCACCGAAGCCUCGGGCACGAGCAACAUGAAGUUUGUCCUCAACGGCGGCCUCAUCAUCGGCACCUGCGACGGCGCCAACAUCGAGAUCACGCGCGAGAUUGGCGAGAGCAACAUCUUCCUCUUCGGCAACCUCGCCGAGGACGUCGAGGACCUCCGGCACGCCCACACGCACGGCUCCCACAGCAUCGACGCGAAGCUGGACAAGGUCUUUGCCGAGAUCGAGAAGGGCACCUUUGGCUCCGUCGACGACUUCCGCGGCAUGAUCGCGGCCGUGAGGCAGCACGGCGACUACUACCUCGUGUCGGACGACUUCAACAGCUACAUCGAGACGCACGACCUCGUCGACGCCGCGUACCGGAACCAGGACGAGUGGGUGUCCAAGUGCAUCCUCUCGGUCGCGAGGAUGGGAUUCUUCACGAGCGACCGUUGCAUCAACGAGUACGCCGAGAGCAUCUGGAACAUUGAGCCCCUCUACACCGGAAAGUAG